GUCCUCAUAUGUGCAGCAUUUGAAUUAUAACACAUUAUCAUGGCUUCCUGGCGAGAAUAAUCCAGUUUCAUUUAUACUACUCUUGUUUUCUUUCCUGCUUAAUAUGCAUGAAUAGUUUGUGAGAUUUACAAAAUGAAGAAGAACGACUGCCCUUUUAACAUGGGUACUACUGACACCUCUCUCCACUAAUCGGAUGGAGGGGAAAAUAAGGGGGUAAUUUACUUAUUUUUUGUUGUAGAGGUAAUGAAGAGGAGUUGAACUGGGAAAGGUGCAACCAUGGAUGGCCUUGUCUGAGGUGGAUUCACCAUAGUACUCCUCGCUGUCAUCUUAAGUAGCAUAACAUUUGAGUAGCAGCAGUCAUGGCUGAGAGGGCGAACUUUGGGGCUCAGAGGGUCUCACAGCCACAGGGCUCACUCCCGCCAGAACCCAUCGACAUUAUCCGGACAAAAGCCAGAUCCAGAAGAAUCCGGAUCAAUGUGGGUGGGUUGGUCCAUGAGGUGCUAUGGAGAACCCUGGACCGACUGCCACGUACCCGUCUUGGGAAACUCAGAGACUGUAAUACCCACGAAACCCUAAUGGAGAUCUGUGAUGACUACAGUCUAAAUGAUAAUGAAUAUUUCUUUGAUAGGCACCCUGGUGCCUUUUCGUCCAUUUUAAACUUUUACCGGACGGGCAAGCUACACAUGAUGGAAGAGAUGUGCGCUCUCUCUUUUGGUCAGGAGCUUGACUACUGGGGCAUUGAUGAGAUCUAUUUAGAGUCGUGCUGCCAGGCUCGGUACCAUCAGAAGAAGGAGCAGAUGAAUGAAGAGCUGAGGAGAGAGGCUGAAACUCUCAGGGAGAAGGACGGAGAUCAGGUGGAGACAGGCUGCUGUCCAGACAAAAGACAGAAGCUCUGGGAUUUGUUGGAGAAACCAAGUUCUUCUGUGGCGGCCAAGAUUCUGGCUAUAAUAUCCAUCCUGUUUAUCAUUCUCUCAACAAUAGCAUUGUCACUAAAUACCCUGCCUGAGUUACAAGUGAUUGAUGAAUUCGGACAAUCUAAUGACAAUCCAAACCUGGCCCAUGUUGAAGCUAUUUGUAUCGCCUGGUUCACUAUGGAAUAUCUUCUCCGUUUUUUGUCUUCUCCAAACAAGUGGAAAUUCUUCAAAGGACCUCUGAACGUCAUUGAUCUAUUGGCUAUACUCCCCUAUUAUGUCACAAUAUUCCUGACAGAAUCCAACAAGAGUGUCCUCCAGUUCCAGAAUGUGCGCCGGGUGGUACAAAUCUUCAGGAUUAUGAGAAUUCUUAGAAUUCUGAAACUAGCAAGACACUCUACAGGUCUUCAGUCUCUUGGGUUCACCCUCAGAAGAAGCUACAAUGAACUUGGACUGCUGAUAUUGUUUUUAGCUAUGGGCAUCAUGAUCUUCUCCAGCCUGGUAUUCUUUGCUGAGAAAGACGAAGAUGCUACAAAAUUUACCAGUAUUCCCGCUUCAUUCUGGUGGGCAACAAUAACCAUGACAACUGUGGGUUAUGGGGAUAUUUAUCCCCAAACCCUCCUCGGCAAAAUAGUGGGUGGUCUCUGUUGUAUUGCUGGCGUGUUAGUGAUCGCACUGCCUAUCCCUAUUAUUGUGAACAACUUCUCUGAGUUCUACAAAGAACAAAAGAGGCAAGAGAAAGCUAUCAAACGAAGAGAGGCACUUGAGAGGGCCAAGAGGAAUGGCAGCAUUGUGUCAAUGAACCUGAAAGAUGCAUUCACUCGCAAUAUGGAGCUAAUGGAUGUUGUAAUAGAAAAGGGUGAGGAGAAGGGCUCUGAAAAUCAUCUUUCACCAAGCAGGUGGAACUAUCAAAAGAACUCCAACUCUGACUUAAAUUCCAAAGCCUGUGAAGCAAAAUAUCAAGAAAUAGGCCAGUUGGGUUCCCCAGAUCGAGUCUUUGAACCUAGUUCAAGCCCUCAGCGGCUGAAUGCCAAAUCCCUCGAACAAAUAUACAACCAGAUGACAUCUCCAUCAGCCACUAGCCGAAGUAGACCUUCAACCUCUAAAGGCUACAAUGUCGGUAGAGAAGAAGAGGUGGAGAUGAAAGUAGUCCAGUGUGAACCUCGGCUAAAAGAAAGACCCAUUACUGAGAUCAGAAGUCUGUCUAGCGUUGACAGCUUCACUAGCUGCAUCACCGAUAUCAGUGAGGUUGAGAAAAUCGCACUACUGCCCAAUAUUUCAGGAAUACAGAGACAUCCACGUGCUCCUCCCCCACUUGACCUUACUCAGAUUACCUCUCUGGACAAACGAGCACCUGAAAAAGCAAAGCAACUCACAAUCAUCAAAGAGGGCAUCUAUGAGUUUGUCCAGUGCAAGCCCGAGAGCAGCGCCACGCCAAAGGGUGAGGAGAAUCAAAGCUUCGAUCUCAGUGGUGAAAAUGUGAGGAGCUCUCCAAGAGGAAACAGCCAAGUAAAGCUCAAGGGACUCAAAGUGAAUUUCACUGAAUCUGCAGACGAGGGGGCUUCUAACUUGCAUUUAGUUGUGACAGAGGACACGGCAACACUGACACCCAAGCUACCAGGAUGCGAUCCAUUCCUGAUGGCCGGUUCUCCUCGGCAGAGUCCGAGGUCCCCAGGGAAAUGCUUUGAAGAGGAUGGAGCAACAAGCUCUCCAGAUUUCAGCAUGUCCUCUUCAGAAAGCCAAAGAGGGAGAAACCAUGUUGAAAGAGCAGCUGUUACUCCCACUUCCCCUAAAAGUGCACUAAACUGUGCUUCUGUUACGGUUGGUGCCAUUGGAGUGGAAGACAGCAUUCAAAGUGUACAGAAGGUGGACAACCACCUCCUUUCUCCAGAUAUUCUCAAGUCAUCAGGGGAUGGAGGUCGGUCACCACCAUGUGAAACUAGCAUGUGAUGCACUGAGCAGCCUUGACAUAUAGAUUCACAGAAUGCAUGCAUCUAAGGAAGUAUGUUGACAGAAAGAUGCAAACUGAUGUAAGGAGGAAGUUCUAUUGUCUGUGUGAUGUCUUCCAAACUAUCAAUCACAGAUUAGACUGCAUAUCUGCAGCAAAAGGUCUGCUCCCACUUCAAGAGCUUUUUGACAUUCAUUCAGAGGGAGGACAUCAAUUAACAAAACAUAAUCUUAACAAACCAUUUUUAUUUUGUAACAGUAUGACCCUUAAUGUGAAAGAUUAGUUAGCUGUCAUUUAUUUGAAGCAUAGACUGAUCCAGACAACUGAUUUGUUGUAGAAAAUCAUUGAUUUGUAUCCUACUCAGUAGAUGUAAGAAGCAUACACAUUUUUAAAAAGGCUAACCACUGUAACAUUUGUGUUGGGUUUGAUUAAUAGUUCUGAUUAGCUUUUGACUUGAAAUUAUAUUUUCAACCAAAAUAUGCCUUUUGAUUUGAUCAUUUCCUUCUGAGUGCUAUGUCUCAGUGGUAAUAUGUGAUGCAACACUUUUUUCAGUAGACUCUAAUGCAUUUUUAUUUAAAUGUCCCUUGAGCAAGUAAUACAAAAGGGGUAAAAAAAAAACAAACAAAAAAAAACAAUACAAAUUGUCAAUGCUAAAAAUUUGUAUGAUAUCUAUAUGAGCAUGAUGAUUUAGGUGUAGCAUGAGGGUGACUGUUUCCAUUUGCAUCACUGUUUAGUUGAGCCAUAGCCUAUUAGAAAAUGCAUAAAUUAAUUGUAUAAAUUGUUAUCACGUUUACUGCGGUGGACAAAACCCCACAUUAGUAUAUCUGUUAAAACGUCUGAAGAUAUCUUUGUUUUUUAUGUUGCCUUUAAUUCAGAAACGGCUAUGAUUGCAUAGUAAAUCAACUAUGCCCUCUGCUGGAUGAAGGAAAUGGCACUUUAUUUCUGAGACAUCCGCUUGAAUGAUCGUACUGAUGUGCAAUAGGAAUUAUCUAGUAACAAAGAGGUCGAUGGAUGAAAAAAAGCUAAAAGCAGAACUUUGAGCACUCCACCGUGAAUUGUAUGAUUUGUAUAUUAACUGUAUAUUCAAGAUAUUAUUGGCUACACCCAUGUAGUGUGUAGAACACGUUUGUGUUGUCAGUCGUACUCCAGAGAUUUUGAAGACAAAUUAGGCAGGACCACAAGCCCUGCUUUAAAUAUUCAAAUCUGUGCCUUUUCAUAAACAGUCAUUUAUGAGAAGGCGUUAAGAGAUUUGCUUUGAAUCAGAUCAUUCUGUACAGAAAUUCUACUUUUUAUAUAGCUCUAUAUGCAAAUACAGGUUCUCAGGGGUUUUUUUGUGUGGUUAUUAUUUAAUGUAAAAGCCCUGAUGUCAUAGUUUGUUUCUAUAUAUUUUGGUAGUCACAUUAAAGGAUGUCUAUAAUGAAAAUUUAAAAGCACAGCACGAUCGUCUAAUAGCACAAUCAGACAUCAUGCACAGAUUUAUCAUGGAUACAACUUGAAUAUUGUAUGUACACUCCUAUACAGACUAAUUUCUGCAUUCAAGCUCAAAUUUGUUUUUUUUCCUUAAGUUUGUUUUUUAGUUUGUAGAUCAGUAUGUGACAUUAGAUUUUUAUUGUUGUACAUAUUUUCUUGAAAUAGUGACUGCAUUGUUCCAGAUACCUAGAACGACCAUAAAAUAACAAAUAAACAUUUGUACAGGACUAUAUGAUUGCUUUCUUGAAGGUGAAAAUUGCAGUGCCCCUUCAAGCUCAUUAAGUGGUAUUGUAAGAAACUUUGGCUACGAUGAGGGGACCUUUCAAACAGCGACAAAUGUUUUACGAAGCAAUAUUAGCAAGGCUACCAAAACUAAUCUUACAGAUUAAGUCAGAAGUUAACAUAGGUUGAAGUAAUUAAAACUCACUUUUUAACCUAAACUUUAAACUACUUUUUGCAUGACAAAUUUUCCAACAAUUGUUUACAGACAGAUCGUUUAACUUUUAACGGACUAUCGCUGUCUCGUUUGGAAGGCUGCGUGCAAGGUACGACGCGUCCUUUAAACAAGCCACGUUUAAACGAGACGGCCAUCGUAGGACAAACAAAAACGCAAGUAACAUGGUUGCUAUAACAGCAUGCCACUUUUUAACAAGCGCGAGCGCUUUGAGUGAGAAGGGAAAAAAGUCCCUCUGGAAGGGAAUGCAUGAGGUACAUUUUAGGAGAGUUAUAAUGACUUGAAGAGGGAAAAAAAGAUUUCACAGGUGUACUUUUAGUCUAAUACUUCAUUUGAAUUAUACAUUAAUACAUUAUAUAAUCUCUGCACUCAACUACUGAGGUACUUCAGCAUGGGAAUUAACAUUCUCGUGUUUGAACAUCAUAUGUACGGGUAAAUUGUUUUAGACAUUUCCAUUGAAGCAAAGAAUUGUGCAAACGAAGAAUACACCUCAUGCAUAGGCCUAUUAGAAAUGCCGUGAAAGGUCGCAUUCGUUGAGUCCUAUUUUCUGAAACGAGACAGCCUCGAUGACCUAUGCGGCCGACAAAUUCGACCUCUGGGGGACGCAGCCUUCCAAACAAGACACAGCCUAUAUCACAAUUCUAGUAAGUCAGAAGUUUACAUAAACUUAGUUAACUGUGCCUAUAAGCAGCUCAGAAAAUUCUACAAAAUGAUGCAAAGCCUUUAAACAAAUAGCUUUGGAUAGGUGGUGUACUGAGGUGUACCUGUGGAUGUAUUUUAUGGCAUACCUUCAAACUCAGUGCCUCUUUGCAUGACAUCAUGGGAAAAUAAAAAGAAAUCAGCUAAGAAUCAGAAAAAAAUUGUGGACUUCCACAAGUCUGGUUCAUCCUUGGGAGCAAUUUCCAAACAUCUUAAGGUACCAUGUUCAUCUGUACAAACAAUAGUAAACAAAAAUAAACAACACGGGACCAUGCAGCCAUCAUACCAUACCACUCAGGAAGGAGACACAUUCAGUCUCUUAGAGAUUAAAGUAGUUUGGUGUAAAUAUUAAGCUUUACUUAAAUAAUAUAAUUUUUGAUUACAUUGUUUAACACCCCUGAGCUUAAGUUAUGCUAAGUGGCACUAUCACACUGUAAACCAGAGGUCGGAAACCUUUCUGACAUUGAGUGCAAUUUUUAAUUUUACUUGUUUAUCACUGAGCUGCACAAAAUACAUACACUUCAAUCUCAC